AUGGCACCUUCGGAGCAUCUGCAGCCAGAAGAGCAAGCAUGGCAAGCUGUCUUUGAGCGGCUCUGCGAGCGAUUCCCCGACACAGGAGCUGCCAAAGUGGCUGCCAUCCUCCGAGACAACAAUGGCCAUGCAGGUCAGGCUGCAGCUGCCAUUCGGGGGCCAAUGCCAGAGCAACAGGUUCCCUCUGCAUGGCGCAAACAGCCGAAGCUGAUCACUAAAGUUCUCUCCGGGCUGGUCAAAAAAAGCACCUGGCAUGAGGUGCUGGCGCUCGUGACGCGUUUAGAAGAGGCCGAGCUGAAGCCGGAUUCGAUACAUUUCAACACAGCAAUAUCAGCAGUAGCAAGGGCUGGCCACUGGACCAUGGCUUUCGAGAUGUUGCAGGCCAUGUUUGACAGGGGCCUGCAACUCGAUGCAUUUUCGUAUUGCUCCACUAUCAGCGCAUGCGAGAAAGCAAGCGUUUGGAUUAUGGCCCUCGACGUCUUGAAAGAGAUGAUAAAGUCCAACCUUGGUCGAAGUACAAUUGCAUUCAGCUCUUCCAUCAGUGCUUGUGAGAAAAGUACUUGCUGGGAAGCGGCACUGCAACUCCUAGCCGCCAUGGCUUGCGACACCGUGCAGCGUAACACCAUUACUUUUAACUCCGCGAUCACCGCAUGCAGCGGGGCACAGCGGUGGCAACUCGUUACGCAGCUUUUGUUGGACAUGUCUAGAGACCAGCUGCCACGGGACACCAUCACAUACAGUGCUGUCAUCAGUGCUUGCGCGAAGCAGUGGCUGCUAGCCCUGGACUUCUUCCGGGAUAUGGAAGUUUCGCAGAUCCGCAAGAAUACAGUGACAGUCAACGCAAUGCUGAGCGCCUGUGGGAAAGGUUCUGCUUGGGAAACUGCGCUGCAGAUCCUGAAGGAGAUGACCGUGCCGGCAACCCACAUCACCUACGCCAGCAUUCUCAGCACUUGUGGGCAUCAAGCCAAAUGGCAGCACACGCUCGCCUUGAUCAAGACAAUGGCACAGUCGCGUUUCAUGGCAAACGGAGUGGAGGCAGGCUCGGCCGUAGCUGCUCUGCAAGGCGUCUUGGGAUCCGAGCGUGCUGCUGAUAUGCUCAAGGCUCUUCGAGGUGCUUACUUCGGCUCCAGCGGAUGGCAAGAUACUUUUGGAUGUGCUCGUCAUGGUGCCGCUUUCGGGCCGAUUGCCGAGAUGAGCGAAUACCGAGCAGACUUCAGAGCAGAGAGGAGGAAGCCGCCUGAGCUGCCUUCAUUGACACUGCUGUACCAGUCCGGUGGCCUCGUCGCUGUCUCCAAACCUGCCGGGUUCUCUACCGAAGAUGUGCUUCGCUGCUUGUCUGCGAAGCUGAAAACCAGGAUUACACAAGUCUCCCGGUUGGACCUGCCCACGUCUGGCGUGCUGCUUGCAGCAGUUGGCAGCGAAACUAGCCUCCAAGCCUGGUGGCUUUUGGCACAGUUUGCUGGGCGCCUGAUAUCAAAAAGCUAUUUGUGCUUGUGCUUUGGUAAAGCACCAGCCGGAGCAGAACGCGAAGUUUCCAGUCCACUGCUGACCACUCACUCAAAAUAUGGCGGAUCCGGAUACAGCCGGACACAGGUAUCUUCAUCCGGUUUGCCAUCGAAGACUCGCUACAAGAUUUUGGCUACGUUCGGAACGCAGCAUCUGCUCGAAGAAGGAGUCUGCCUGGUAAAGGCUCAGCCCGUGACUGGAAGGACUCACCAAAUCCGGGCUCACUUGGCCAGCGUGGGCUUGCCUUUGGUGGGUGACGACAAAUAUUGCGAGGCGAGAGACGCCGCCAUGGAAGGCCUUGCUAAGCAGCGCGCGCUUGCUGUUUCGCCAUGGUGCCCCACACUGUUCCUGCACUGCUGGGAGCUACGCUUCUUAGGUCUGGACGAACAGCCACUUAGCAUCCGUGCGGACCUGCCGAUUCCAUUGCGAAAAGACCUUGGUGGCACUGGCAAGCGAGAGGUCGAUCCUGAUGACCAGGAGCACGUGAAGACACUUCUUACGAGCCCCGUCAUGUUUGCCGCGGUGUGCAAGGAGAACUUUCGGAAAUUCGACGCCAAUGGCGACGGAGUGCUGAGCUGGUCGGAGGUUUUGCCCCUGGUGAACAGCCUUUACGAGAGCUUCGGUUUGCAGCCGCCACGUGAGGGCAACCUGCGCUCAUUCUUCGAUGCCACAGACCUCAACAAGGACGGCGUUCUGUCAGAGAAGGAGUUCAAGAAGUUCUUCGAGUGCUUUCUGCGCUAUGCAUUCUUCGACGUUGUGCAGAAGGAGUCUGCAAACAACAAGGCACAAGUCGUCGCGGAGGCAAAGGAGCCGGAGGAGAACGAGCGAGCAGAGAAGGCUGACGAGAGAAGGUCUGCAAGUAGCACUGCAAUUCCAUCGCCAUCGCCGGAUGUAAAAGGAGGCUAUGAGCGACAGGCUCGGGCAACGCAAGGAGUGCAGGGAAGCCCAGGUGCCCUGCCCUUUCGCGUCAUUGCUCCCCAUGGCAUAUCCUGGAGGAGAAGCCCUGAAUUCAAUGACAGACUGGACAGCAGUGUUGGGGCAGGGGAAGUGGUGAAGGUCCUUGAACAAUGGGUGAAAACCGACAGAGGUUGGCUUCCACUGCAUGAUGCACGUGGCAAGCCUCUUUUGCAGCCCGUGGUGGAGGACUCUGAAGCCGCUCGGCGCGUUCCAGCAGGAGCAGCUGGGCCGGCUUUCACAGCUUGCAGGCGCGAGAAGAAGCCGAAAGAGGCCGAUGCCUUGCAACCUGAUGAUGAACCAAAGCUGCGUGUUGGUGAGGAGGAUUGGAAGGAACGCUUGGACCGCCUGCAGGAGCGUUUCCCAAUGUUGAGCUUUGGGCUCGGCUCAGCUUUGGCAGCUGCUUCCGAAGUGAUGUUUGUGCGAUCUUAUGCGUAUGCUCUAUAG